CCCUGAUUCACGACAGCCCCAGAAUUAUGUCAAAAACAACGUCAAAUUUCCAGUUCCAGGCCAUAAAGACAUUUCCAACCUCUUUCGCAGUGCAUACCUGUGUUCUCUUUUUUCCAGACCGUUAACCAGAGCCUCCCACAUUCCAUAAGAUUCCCAGAAGCAAUUCAUUAUAAAAUCCCGAGUUUUCCCUUUUACAGAACAACUUCAUCAUCACGCAAGACCACAGUACAGCCAAAGCCAACGCUCACCACACAGCACUGUUACAUACCCUUGAGCCUCUCCGCAAAUGACCAACAUAUUGUUCUAAUUGCCCAUGGAGGACCAGGCCUAAGUCUAUGCAAUGAUGUGGCCCGGGAACUGGAAGAAGAAGAAGGAGAGGAGUUCCUCCUCAUUGGCGUCCCAGAGUAAGGACGCAUCUGGCUCUGGACCAAAAGAGAAGGCGAGUAGCGAUAGUAGUAGUGGCGGCAGCAAGGAUGGAAAGACGGAGACUGAGGUCGAGACGGUGGAUUACAAGGAUAGGUAGUAGUGAGAAGUGAGGUGGGUUGCAAAAAUGUCGGAUUGUGCAGAGUCAAGGGCGCGGUGGUUUGAAGGAAAAUGCCAUGGUUCAGUUGGUUUGGUAGAAUAAAAAGGGGAAGGUCAUGUUGGUAAGGUAUGUCUUGUUUACAUUGGACGAUGAAUGUGCAUUGAAACUGCUGUGAGAGCGACCGCACGUGCUAGGGGGUUAAUAAGUCGAGAGUUCGAUCCAACAUCUCAACAAACAAAAUUGGUCCAGUGGUCGAGCGGUGGGUUGCGCAAAGGGCGUAACUCGCGGGGCUACAGGCGGGACGGUAGAGCGAGGACGCCCCCUGGUGCAGUGCUAGGUUCCGUAGCCUGUAGUAGUGCUGUAGCUGGCGCCUUCCGGCUGUGUCAAAUAGG